CAUUGCGAGGGCUAGUCAGUUCCCCACCAGACGCCGUGAAGAGAAGUUCGGUCACACCCAACGCUUCUCUCCACUUCAAAACCAACAGAGAAAGAAAGAAAGAAAUCAUUUUCUUCUUCUUUGAUCAAUCAAACAACCACAUUACCUUAGAAAAGCCAACGUUUGGAAUUUUGUCACUUUGUGUAGUUAAUAUAGUCGGCGGAAUUCUACUACCACCAAUUCGUCUAGUGAUUUUGCAAAAAAGUGUGUUCAUCUUUUUUUGUGUGCAUUUUCAUCUCUCACUUGGUAUUUCUCCCCGAUUCAAAUUUGUGUGACCAGCAGCUUCUUCGUUGUGUGUUGUUUUUUGAAAAAGAAAAAUUAGAAAAGUGUGUGGCGUGGUUUCCACCCUUCUCUCAAUCUCCCCCGCCAUACCCUCAUUUCUCCUUGGCUGUCGGUUGUCUGGCAGCCAUUUGUAAGGCGGCUUUUUUCUCUCUCCUUUCCCAGAGAGUUGUAUACCCUAGGCCAUUGGAAGCCUAGCCUAGCCCAGCCCACGACUACACACACACACAAUGUCGGCUUUGUGUGCGUUUCCUCCAUUAAUUCCGGCUGGCGGAGGGGUAGGUGUUUACUCAGCCGGUUACAUGUCGGCUGACGUCAGCAGUUCCAGCAGCAGCAGCAGCAGUCAUGUUGGCCGUGGUGGAGUUGUUGGCUCAUUCGCUGCGUAUUCCAACGCCAUGGCGACAUCACAACAGUCGCGGGUCUCGGGUUCAGCAUCUAUUCCGGCUUACGGAAGCACUUUCGCUGCCUUUCAUCCUCAUCACCCGUCAGCAGUUGCUGCAACCACCGGAAACGGCGGUAAAUCGGUCAUGAAAAUGACUCAACCUGAAUCGGCCUGGUCGUCACGAACUUCUUCUUCGUCGUCGACCGCAACAACAACAACAGCAGAGCCUCCGGCUGCCAAACGUCGAUGCACGGAUAAAAUCCGUUCGUCGUCGACAGCCUGGUCCGAUCAGCACGCCCCUACGAUCUGGCAGUCGGCGACGACGUCGUCCAUUCCAGCCAGUGUUUGCCCGUCUGGUUGUACCAUGUGUCACUUGCAGAGGCAGCAGCAACAACAGCAAGUGCAACAACAACAACACCCCUCCUCGCAAUACCCUGGCGGCUUCCAUCACCAGGCCUACGACUCUAGACGGCCCUUGCAGGAGAAACACCAAAAUCGUGAAGAAUCUGCCCUGGUGGCCUCGACGGCCGCCAACAACAACAACCCGUCGUCCAACACCAUGGCGACUGGCCUAUCUCACCUGAAAUCUUCAAUGGGGAUGAAAUCGGUGGAUCAAUCAUCUAAUGGUGGUGUCUCGGUGCCUCAUCGGAUGCCAAACGUCAACCGGACCCUGUCGGUGGACCCGAAAAAGGAUUAUUCGGCGCCAUUGCAUGUGGAUUGUAGCGUCGAGUACGACUUGCCGAGGAUCGUCCGUCCACCACCCGGCGCCGAGCCGCUCCUGGUCUUCGCUCCGCCUCGUUCGUCUGCCGUUGCAUCGCUGGCCACGCCUUCGGGCUAUCAUCCGUCGACGUGGACCACCACCGCGACCAACUCGCGGCCCCUUCCGCCCCAGUGGAAUCAACAGCAGCAGCAGCAGGGGGCAGCCAGUCGUAUCAAAAGUGACAAGCCAUCCGCCGCAUCCGUCAAGUCUCAUCCGGCAGCCAUCCAACAACAGCAGCAGCAGCAACAACAGAAACUCAACUCUACGAUUUCAGGUGCCAUCCGGAAUAAUUCUACCACCACGGGCGGCGGAGGAGUUCCGUGCGGAUGCCCGUCUUGUUGUUUAACGGCUCGCCCCAGUCUUCCUCCUCCACCACCUUCCAAUGUUUAUGCGGGGCCAACGGGCGUGGGUGGCGGUGCGGGUUGGAUGAACCAACAUUGGAGUCCUCCGGCCGGCGCUACCGCCUCUUCCGCCGGAUUCAAUUACGCCCCACCACAGCAACAGCAGCAACAACAACAACAACCCACUUACCAGAUGGCCGCAUUUCACAAUAUCGAUCAGCAACCGCAACAACAACAGCCGCAGACUGUGAUCAAUAGGCGCCGGAAGCGUUCACCAGAGGCGAUUCCAUCGUCUGGCGGUGGUGGUGGUGGCUCGUCUGAUAAGAUGCAGCGGCUGUACUCGACGGCCCAAUGGAUGCCAAAUCCGUCGUCGAUUCAGGCCGCGGCCGAAGCGGCUUUCGUGGCGGCUGCAGCCGCCGCAGCGGCCGCCGCCAGCCACCGAUACGUCACGUCCUCGCCGGCAGCCUGGAUGCACGCAUCCGCUCAGCCUCUCAAGUUUCACUGCUAAAAGAAAGAAAAACAAGAAUCGCCAUUCCCAUCCCACUUUUUCUUUUUUUGUUCAUUCGCUAGGCGCGUCUCACCCACUUCCCGUUGCCAGACGUGGAAAAAUUUCGUCCAUCGUCGCAGUUUUUCUCUCUUUCACUCGGAAAAACAACAAAAACAAAAAAAAGAUUUUUUUUUUCAUAUAUCAAAGGCUGAUUACUGUGUUAGUUGGUUUCUCUUUCAAUGUGAUGCUUAUCCCUCGUUUCUUUUUUUGGAAAAAAAAAACAAAAAAAUUGCAAUCCAAACACAAACCUCAAUUCCGUUAAAACCCCGCCUCCUUCCUUUCAACCACAUACGGACCUGUUUCUUUUUUCUUUUAUCGCUCGAAUUCCCGCAUCAAUCGAUGGCUUUUGAAAUUUGUGUGUCCCGUCGUCAAUUCCAUCAGGAAACAAACUAAAAAGAAAAAUGUAGAAUCCAGCGUCAUCGAAAUUAAUAACCUCAUUGAAACAAACAACAAAAGAGAGAGAGAGAGAAAAGUUCCAUAUUUCUAUUUUCGGACUGUUGUUAUGGGAACCAUUGCAGAUUGGUGGAAAUAAUUCAUUUUCUUCUUUACAAUUCCGUUUUGACGCUGGAUUUUCAUUCAAAAAAAAAUUGUGAAACGACAAUUCUUUUCUUCCUUAUUUUCUCGUUUCCCCGUGUAUGUGUGUGUGACGAAACAACCGAAAAUCCCUUUCCGGCUUGUGCGUUUAUUAUACAAUGCGCCAGCCUCAUUUGUCAACAGAAAUGUGUCGGCAUAGGGAGAGGAAACCCACACACACAACCGAAAACGUGAGGAACUUGAAAAGGAACUUAAAUUUUUCUUUUUUCAAACUUUUAUAUCUCUGAUGUGCCUCCUCUAUACAUAAACUACAAUUUACCACAUAGGUCUAUAUACAUGCAUAUAUAUAUCUAUAUAUAUUUUCGAACUUUUCAAAGGGAAACCAAUUUUAGUCGUCGAGUUGUAAAGCAAACUAAAAUUCGGGAAAAAGAAGAAGAAAAAAAAACAAGAAUUUGACGCUCGAAGUAAAAAAAAAAAAAUUUUCUUCGUCACUGUUUUUCAUUUCCUUGUCGUCACCCCCUUCUCACCACACCCACACUUGUCUUUGAUCCAUAAAUAUUUAUGAGUAAAAACAAAAACAAAAAAAAUCAUCUAGGAAACAAACAAAAUGCGACUGGCCAAUUCGAUUUUUUGAGAGAAGAGAAAAACGCCAUGUCCAUGUUGUCUGUUUUCAGUGUUUUUUUUUCUUUAUUUUGUCGUGCGUGUUGAAGAUUUAAAAAAAAAGAAAAAAAAAUCGGAUCCUUUUGCUAGUCCUUUUGAAUUUACACCAUCCUCCCCUCUCCCUCACCUUUUGCGAGAAGGGGGGAGGUCAUUUUGCAUCCGUGUUAUUAUUAUUAUUAUUUUUCUCUUCUUCCCACUUGUGAUGUCAAGUUUUUUUCUUUCGCCUAAUUCAUUAUUUUUAUGGUUUCCCUUCAUUUCCCCCGAGCUCCCAUUUUUGUUGUUUUGUUCUCAGGGGUCGUGUUUGGUAUAUAUAUUUUCGGUCGUCUUUUUUUUUUUCAAAUGAAAACAAAUGCGAUUAAAUUAAUUCAUUUUUUUUUUGACGAAGACAGUCUUCCUGUUCGAUCAGUUGAACCACGCCCUCCUUUGUAAUUUCUUCCCCCCGUUUUUUCUUUUUUAAUUUAACGAUGUAAAAACAAAAAAAAUAGUGAAUGGGUUCAUCGAACGUGCGAGCAAAGUCACGUGACUAGUCGCAUUUUUGACGGGGGACUGUUGCUGUACACACGAAAAAAAAAAUUAUUCAAAAGAGAGAUGGGAGGAAUAUUUGUUUUU